CCUCCUUUUUGCUCCUUCUAUAUUACUUGCACCCUUCUUGUCAAAUCCUCUCAUUCUCUGUCUCUCAAACUCCACCACAUAGUCUAUAUAUUUUUAUUCACAUCAUUACACCUUUUUUCCAUAGAUCACUCAAUCACAAUCUCUAGUUUAUGAUAUCUUCAUUUCUCUCUAGUUUCUUCCAAACAAAAAAUUGUAUAAUUUGGGAACCACAUUGAAUAAGAAGCAACAAUAAAAGAAGGAGGAAGUUCCAAAACAAAAGAAGAAGCAUAAAGAACACUAAAAACUCAAGAGUGAAAAUGAUUAUUAUAAACUACUAUAUACUACUUCUCGUACUCACUCAUUUCCUUUCUUCUGGUUACAGUGUGACAGAGAAAGAACCACAUGAAGAAAAUCUUACACAUGUGAGUAGACAAAAGCAUCAAGAGAAACCAUUACAAUUUACAACUCAAAGGGAUAUUACAACUCCAAUUACAUCAAUUCCCAAUUUAGUUCCAACAACUUCAACAUCACCAAUCUUGAACCCUAAUUCCAAUCCAGACACAUAUUCUCCAUCCUCCACAGUUCCAAUUACUACUCCAUCAGAAUCAAAUUCACCUGUUUCUAAUUCAGGUGCAAGUUGGUGCAUUGCAAGUCCAAGUGCAUCACAAAAUGCUUUACAAGUUGCAUUGGAUUAUGCUUGUGGAUAUGGUGGUACUGAUUGUUCUGCAAUUCAAGUUGGUGGAAGUUGUUAUAACCCUAAUUCUGUUCAUGAUCAUGCUUCUUAUGCUUUUAACAAGUACUAUCAAAAGAAUCCUCUUCCUAAUAGCUGCAAUUUUGGUGGAACUGCUGUUAUUACUAACACAAAUCCAAGUGUUGGGACUUGUCAAUAUCCAUCCACUAGUACUAGUUCAUCACUCUUAAACACAACAAACACAAGUGGUGCAAAUGUUUUUGGGUACGUUCCUGUUCCAACAAACCCCUCUGUCUCUGCUGCAGCUGCCACAUCAAAUACCUUUACAUUAAUUUGCUUCAUUCUUUGGGCAAUAGCAAUUCUGAAAAACAAGUGUAUCCAACACGAAUCAGAGUUUUGAUUUACCUUUUCCUUUUGUUUGGUUUUAUGUAGGGUACUAGACCUGCAACAUACUCCCUUUAGUGUUUCUAAAUUAGAAAAUUGAGUUAAAAUCUGGUAAAUAAAAAUUGAUGUAUAUGAUUUAUAAUAUAAACUAUAUAUAUCAAUUUUUGUUAAUCAAAUUUUAACAUAAUUGUCUUUUAUAUAAAGAUCGGAAGGAGUAUUAUACACGAUAGAAGCACUUUGUAGAAAUUUAUAUAAAGGAGAUUAUUAGUAGUAUAGAUUUAUACUAUACUAUACUUUUAUUUUUAUUUUUUAUUUUAUACUUUUUUUAGUGUUUAUAUUGGAUAAACCUCCUCCCCCAAA